AUGGGUCAACCUAUUCACGAUUCGUCGCUCUGCGAUAGAGCCAAGCGAUGCAUCAACAAUAAGCUAGAUUGUUCAAGUUCUCAACAUGAUCGAAAAAGUGUUCAUUUGAGCAAUGAAAAUCAAGGACCACCUGUGGACGGGUCUACUCGUCCAACUGUUCCCAGACAAGAUGGCCUCGAUGAGGCUGCCCCAAACCUAUCUCCCAGUGAUGGAUAUUUUCCUAUUCAAGGUGCUCCCAAUCAAGGUGUUUCCACAUACCGAAAUCCCGGCAACUAUUCCUUUGUCCCUAUUCCAGAUUCUGCCCGUCAAGAUGAUACUAAUCAAGCUGUCCCAAACCGACCUCGCACCUAUGCAUUUGUUCAAGUGCCAAUUGUUCCCGAUGAAGAUGUCGCCAGCCCAACUGCCUCGGAGCAAGUUAUCUCCAACUCUCGUCAAGCUUUGACUGUUGAUCAAAUCAACCAAGCUCUCGUCAAUGAAUUUGCCACUGUGCUAGCUAUAGCCAGUCAGAUUCCCGUCCAUCAAGCUGCCGCCAUGCAGAGGCCGGUCAGAUUUACAGUCAAUCAAUCAAUGGCACCCUCCACUACGAGUCUCUCUCUUCAGAUGUUGACAAUUGCUGAAGCAGAGAAUGAAUUUCUCAGGGGGUGGCACCCUUCGGAUUAUGCUGAUAUCAGCAUAAAUGAGAUCUCUUUCACACUGGAUAAUCAAUCAAUAGCCUCUGAUCAAACUGCUGCUCCUUUUACCGAUCAAGCUGCCGCCGAUCAAGCUCUCGUCAAUCGAGCUAUCAUAGAGCUAGCUACCGUCGACCGUCUUACCGACACUGCCCAUCAAACAACCGCGGGUUUUUUGGUGAGGCUCUACUCUGGGCUGUUCAAAGCAGGUGGAAUUCAACGCGAAACGGUGAGACGUUGGAUCCAAUCGGGCAAUGCCCGUUUACCCGCCAAUAUAGAAAUUUCAGGACUUGCGGUUGCAUUAGUUGAGAAUUCGGGUGGGGCACAAAUCUUCGCACAAUCGUUGACGGCUAUUCGAGCAGUGGACGCUUUAGAAAGUGAGUUCCGGCUUCUGAUCCAACGACAGCGACAAUCGAUGUCAUCAUCUCAGCAAGAGCGGCCGAAUGAUUCCAGAUUGCACCACAGUCGAGAGGGAGCUGGGGCCGUUGAAGGAGUAAGGGACGAAGAUCAAGACUCUGACGCUGCAAUUUUGUUUCCUGACAACCCAUAUCUACGUGGAUUUACAAGGGAAGAAAUUUAUGCUCAAAUAUCGACAAAUCGUUACUCGAGAUUUUCAGGAUCUCGUCGAGGAAUGGAUGGUGCGUCUUCUGGCGAGGACCGCCGCAUGGAGAUGAGGAAUCGUGGACGAAGAAAUGCCAUUCAGUUAGGAAGUGGUGCAUUAUCUCCAGGUAGCAAUGUCACUGUUACUUAUUCUGGACCUCCAGAUGUUGAUAAUUCAUAG